GUUCUGAAUGUGAUGGAGGGAGAACGCCGCACACGCACGGAUAAGCCGAGGCGCAUGACCCGGUGUUUCAAUGCAGAUGGUGUUGGAAUUGUUCGUGUAUUUGCGUGUAGGUGAGCUGCGGUAGCCUGGAGUUUCACUCGGUGAUGAUCGAUUCGUGUUUGCCGCUUCCCGAAACAUGUUUUCUGCGAGAGAUGAGGUAUGGUUCAGCAUCUCAUGUACGGCGAAGAGCACCAUGAGUUGAGACUCACCGUCUUGUUUUUUCCCUCUUAAGGAACCCUGGCGAACACGAGGAGUGCAACGGAGAGAAAGAAACAUGAACGGCCCCACUGGUCCUGUCGAGCAGUUUCCGCACAAGGUCCUCAGCUUUGUACCCAAUUUUGUGGUCGUGUGCAACAUUCCAUAUUGCUAUCCCUCUUUGCCAGUAUGGCAAUGAUCGUGUGUGCUGCUCUGUCAAUUCUUCCACAGGCUGUGUCGAUGUGUAUGCCUGUGUAUGCUACAGCUCGACCUUAUAAAAACACGAAAAUUCUACGUGAAGCGCGAUAUUGAAAAGCGAAUAUACCAGUCGAAAAAAACAUCAUAACGUCGAGUUCGUCCCUGUAUCGAAAGCGCCGUCUUAUCCUUGAAGAAGAGGAACGAAUUAUGCGGGAAGAACGUGAUGCAAUGGAGGCUUCCGGCUCUGUUUCGGUACCGGGAUCGGGGGCUUCCGGCUUUGCUUCGGAGCCGGCAUCAGAGACCAUGAAUUUAGAUGUUUUAUAUGAUUCCAAUAUUGUAUCAGUAGAUAGCGUUGGUGGUGGUAUAGUGGGUAGUAGUAUAGAUGUAAAUACUAACGAUAUUGAUGAUGAAGUAGAAGAACCGGCUGAACUUCGCGAUGAUUUUUGGACGGAAGCUUAUAGCUUCUUGAACGAUUUUUCAUCGUUGAAAGACGCUUUGAAGUAUUUGGCAGUGGCAGGGCAUCUUUCUCGAAGUUUUCUCAACUUGCUGUUGGCGAUUUUAAGAAAGUUUGGACACCCUGAUCUACCGAAAGACGCUCGUUUGCUUCACAAAAUACCCAGAGUAAGCAAUGAGAUUCAAACCGUUGCAAGUGGACGUUUUUGGUAUCCGGGUAUUGAGGUUGCCCUUUGAAAUGUUUUUAAAAAUAGCCCUCCACAAGUGACGAAUUUAAGCCUUCAAGUAUCGAUUGGUGGACUUCCACUUUUCAAAAGUAGUGUCACUCAGUUUUGGCCAAUUCUAUUCAAGGUAGAAGAGAUAUCCGAUUGUCCGGUAAUGGUAGCGGGUAUAUUAAGCGGCCAAACCAAACCCGGUAGUCUCGUGCAAUUCCUGCGUCCAAUAGUUGACGAAAUUAACAAUUUACGUUCAACAGGCAUACAGUUUGGUGAACAUGUACUUCCAGUUGUAUUAAGGCCUUCAUUGCUGAUUCCCCAGCACGGGCUUUUAUUAAGUCUGUUAUGGGAUUUUCGGGUAAACACGGUUGCACGAAGUGCACUACCGUUGGAGUGCAUGUACAACCCGAAAGUAAGGUAAUUUUUAAUCCUUCACCUGCACCCGCGCGUACUGAUACUAGUUUCCGUGCAAGAGAGGAUAAAGAACACCAUAAGACAAUACAUACCCCCUUAGAAGACAUUGAAGGUUUAGAUAUGAUCAAGAGCUUUCCAGUUGCUGAUCGAUUGCAUCUUCUUGAUUUGGGUGGUAGUCGUAAAUUUCUGCAGGGAUUUAUGAAUAAUAAAAUGGUUAGCUUUGAUCGGUGGACAAGUGAU